AUGUCAGUGGCAAGCAAGGCUUUGAAACCAGAGCUGUCUCCGCAAGCACGCUUUGCGGCGACGUUGAGCUUGGCACUGAUCGUCAAAGUUCUGUGCAUGCUUAGCAACGUUAUGUGCUACGUUUCGCCACUGCCGCAGGUGCAGCAGUUUCAGAAAGUGGGAGACACUGGUGAAGCAGACUCUGCUCCAUUCAUGUCCAUCCUUUAUGCUGGAUGGCAAUGGUGUUUUUACGGCACUUUCGCAUACCUUGUAACCCAAAAGAGUGGAUUCUUGGUGCUGUUAUAUUCUAACGUGGCCGGUGCAGUGCUUGGCAUAUACUAUGUCUGGGGCUUCCAGCGGAACUGCCGAGACAGCAAGGCCUUGCAGCAGCUGCAUCUAUACUUUCAUGCCAUUGGUGUGAUAGUAUGCCUACAGUGUGUGGCGCUUUGCUCAUUAAGCCGCGGCAACGCACUCUUUUUCAGCGGCCUGAUGUCCUCACUGUCCAGCAUUGUGAGUGCUACAUCCUUGUGCUCCACCUUGCCCAAGGUCAUCAAAACUCAGUGCUCUGCUUCCAUCAACGUGGAGUUGCUCGUUGUGGGCUUGUGCUCGUCCGUUCUCUGGGUCAGCUGCGGGUUGAUGCUCUGGGACAUGUGGAUCACAGUUCCGAACCUUUUCUGCUUCACCAUCCAACUUGCUUGUGGCUUCUUCGUGCUUUUGUUUCCCAGGGAGGAACAUGGAGAUCUGAUCCAUAUGCCUUCGCGAUCACCAGUCUGCGCUUGGCUGAUGCCAGUGGAUCAUGACAAGGAAGCGCAGGCGGAGGAGCACACUUCCAUGUCAUCAAGACCAACUCUCGCUGGACGCACCGCUGCUGCCGCGGCAGCGAUCCGCGCAGCUCUUGCAGCCUCCGAAGCUAGACAGGCGGCGCAGUGGGCCCCGCAGGACUAUGGCAGCACAGUUUCAUCUGGAACUGCAGGGACUGGUGGAACCUGGUAG